AUGCUCCCUAGCGCUGGAGUUGCAAGCGGCAGCGCGAACCUUGCCGCACAGAGUCUUCAGUACCGACAGCAGUUGUACGCCGAUGAGCAGGGGUUUAGCGCACAAGGUAGGAAUUGGUCACGUUCAUUUCUUGCGUUGUCGGCUAUAUCAAUGGGUCUCGUGAUUGCCAGCUCAAUCAUUAGUCUAAUGACCCUUAACAUCGGCGUUUCGACAAUCUUCUUGAACGUCUACCUCGUGAUGUUGUGCUUCUUUGCCCUCACUGCGGAACUUCGCCAAGUAAAGUGCCUGCGGGGCCUUAUCUACAUCUGGAUGAAAUACCUCUACUUUUUGACUACGUACACAGGGAGGGCUAUUUUUUAUAUUUUCUUGGGAACCCUUGCGUUCGGGGGCGGCCUCUUGAACUAUGUGGCGGCGGGUGUGGCGGUUGUUCUUGGUACCCUCAUGUUUUGUGUGAACCUUGUCGUCGAGCUGCCAAAGUAUGUGGACCCAGAAAUGCUGCGGGAGGAGGAAGCCGCGCGACGGGAGGCGUUGGGUGGCACGAAUCAGGACCCUUUUUCCCCGACGCCCGGCCAACCCGUUACCAGCAACGUCGGCAGUGCCGGCGUGCGUCCCCCGUCUGUGGCCACCACGGGUUACCAGCCACCGGCUAUUGACGCGGGUCCCAAUGCACUUUAG